GCGUUACUUAAGUUCCGACCCCUAUCCGGGGUUGUGCUGCGUUCCCUUCUGGUCGCUUGGGUGCCGUGAAGGUCUGCUAGAAGCGAGGGCAUACCGGAAGCAUUUGUGUCGGUAUUUCCAUACGACCACACUCCAGUUCUUGUCACCAGGACGCGGCCCCCAUCAAUCUGGAGCGGCGGGGUAUGUAGCUCCUCCCGGGGUACAAGGCACACCAGCACACAUCUACCAAAUUCGGAGCUAUAGCUUUGAGAUUUUUCGUGGUAACAAGUUUAGGGGUGCUAUUGUACCUCAGUGCACACGGCACCCCCGGGUCGUCGAGGUUGGUGGCGGGUAGUACACCUGGCCUUCGCCAUGCCUACCGUUGUCGAAGCCACGUGGGUCGCGUUGGUUCUUGCCAUCUCCUGCACGGGUAGUGCGAUGGGAAGAGCGGGUUCAACUCCAACUCUCUUUGUGAGCCAACCAGCAGCUCCGGCGUCGUGCCCAAGGACAACAGUCGCUGCUGAUGCACUUGGCAGCAGCACCAGCAGCGUCGGCGGCAUCAGCAGCAGCGCACAGAGGGCAUGGUUUGAUCCCACCAACGCGAUGCCACCUCACACCUGGAAGAUCUCUCGCUCACCUGAGGUGAACAUGAAACCAGAUCUAUCUGCAAAGGGGUUUUCGGCCCUGAAUGCGUUUUUUUUUGCGGGUUUGAGCAAAAUUGCCUACGCUUCGGAGGAUGAGGCGAGGGGACUUCUGGUGGGAAACGCCACCGAGAGAGGGCUUGGGUUCGACCGCUUUCACUGGUUUGAGGGCGGAGAGGAGGCAAGAAAAAACCCGUUCGGCAACCUACACGAUACAGACGCCUUUGUCGCGGCUAGCGAUGACAUCAUCGCCGUCGUAUUUCGGGGCACCAUGGGCAUCGCCGAUUGGUACACCAACGCCAAGGUCCAGCCCAAAAAAUGUCCUCAGGAGUGGAGGGUGCCACCGCCGGGGGGCACCGUGCAUACGGGGUUUGAUGAUGCGGUGGGCACUGUCUGGCUCUCUACCCCCAGCGGUCAACCCACCGGUAUGUACCAGGCCAUCAUGGACUUAUACAACGAGAAGGGGAAGAACCGCAAGCUUUUUUUUGCAGGACAUUCGCUUGGUGGUGCCCUGGCAACAAAUGCUGCCGCUCGUGUGGCCUUCAUCGACGACUUGGACAUAGCGGGCAUCUACACUAUUGGUAGCCCUAGGUUGUUCAACAGGGUUGCGGGCAGGCACUUCGACGGCCGGCCGAACGGCGGCAAAACCCUCAAAGAAAAGUACUUCCGGUGUAGGAACAACAAGGACCCGGUGCCGACCGUUCCAAAACGUCCUUAUGUCCACGUGGGCACGGAGAUUUACAUCGACAAAUGCGGGACGAUAUCUAUGGCAAGCAUGGCGGACCGAAUUUUAGACCAGCUGCUCUGGUGGUUGAGGUUCGAGUACAUCCGCGGCAUCGAUGACCAUUCCACGUCGGAAUACAUCCGGCUCUUCAAGCAGAUUGUCCUCAACUCCAGGGUCCCGCUCAUGGACAAAGCUAUCAGUGUCGUAAUGGAUGCGCUGGGCGACCUCGUUCUCAAGCUCGCUCCCGAUGCCGCGGAGAACAAAAAAAUGUUAGCCGACAUGCUCAAGGGUAUGAGAAAGAACAAAAUGGUGGACGAUAUGUUAAUAGGGGUGGAGACAAGAGAUGGGCUAGUCGACGAAGCCAAGGGACGAGCUAGGGUAGCCUCGCAAGAAUUUUAGAACGUACGGGCGGGUAGAGGCUCACGACAUCCGCCCAACCAGGCCGACGUACAGCUUGUAUAUAUAUACCGUAUAUGACACAAGAUAACACACCCCCUGGACCAAUUUUCAUUGCUCGAUUACUCCACGACGAAGAGGAUGCAUAACGAAACGAUAAUUUUUUGGCAUAAACAAAACGAUACAUAUUUGGAAAGCUGUCGACGAGACGGUGCCAACGCCGCGGUUUUCGGCGCCGUGACUCUUUCUGUUGUUGAGAAAUCGAGAUUUGCAAAUCGGUCCAGGGGGUGUGUUAUCUUGUGUCAUUUACGGUAUGCAUAAAAGUUUGUAUGUUUGCGUUAGGGAAUGGUCCAUGGAGGGAGAAUCCGAGCAGAGUGAUAUUUUCGGAACGUUGGGCGUAACCAUAGCAAAGGCUUGUUGCCAAGUCGACUCAGAGUCCUUGAGGAGUCAAGAUUUUUGUUAGCCUGCGGCCAAGCGUGAGUAGCAAGGCCAACAGCCCAUGGCGGUCGCCGGCGUAACGUUUGGAUGCUUUUUUAUGCUCAUGUGUACAUGAACAGGGAGUCUACGGAACGAAUAGCCGAGCAUUACUCCGAGCGCUUUGCGAGUCAAACGAGCUGUCGAGAGCAUUGAAAGCGGAGUGUCUCUCUGACGCGGAGGGAAGAAGGUUAUUGUUUAUGGAAGUACAUAUUACCAUAUGAGUGGGCAGGCGAACAUUUUGUUUGAAAGGGGGAGGUUAUUUACGGGUCAAUGUUUUGGCCCGACUGCAGCAGCAGUGCCAAUGAACCGAAAGGGUUGUCAUUUGUUCGUGAGUGCGUGGACGACUAGCGGCGCACCUUCGCAAUAGUUGAGCAGGCUGAAAACAAUUUGCCCCCCACCCACAGUCAAGACGACGACGAUAUCGGGAAUUGCUCCAACCCCUGUCGCAACACC